CCGUAGUGUUUACAUCCAAUAUAGCCAAUAUGGCGUCGGGCGGUUAGCCAGUUAGCUGGAUUCAGGCACACUUUUAAAAUUAUUGUUGUUUUAAGUACAUAUCGAAGGCAUUUACUGGAAUCCAGAUGAAGGGCAACGUUUUGAAAUAAUGCCAAGUUGUUUCAAAGUCGGCAAACCGUGUGUAUUUUGGUUGGAAGAAUGGUCGUUUCUUACUUAGACGUUAGACUGUCACUUUGCUAACACGGUUAGCUAACUGCUAGCUCGCUCUGGCCGGCAGCUGGUCAGUUUGCGGGAGUAUCUCUGACCCAUGACGGAGGUGGAGGAGCUGCGGCCCGUUCCCCGGGAGCGGGCCAUCCUGGAGAGCUUCUUCACGCAGCUCGGCAUGUUUUCUUUCGACCGGGCUAAGGACUACGUGGAGAAGGAGAAGGACAACAGCAAGAGUGCCGGGGCCAUCUGGGCCGCUCUGCUGGCCGCUCUGGCUCACCUGGCCGCCGCGGAGAAGGUGUACCACAACAUGACAUUCCUCGGACAGAAAAUGGGUGGCCAGUCCUUCUUCAGCCGCAAAGACUCCAUCCGAACCAUCUACACCUCCCUGUACAACGAGCUCAGGAAAGUGGUGACGAUGGGGCGUCACAGCCAGCCGGGCUCCGCUUCCUACCUGGAGGACCUGCUGUCGCACCUGUCAGAGCAGCUCUGCCACUUCACCAAGGCCCGCAUGGAGAUGGCCGACCUGUACGAGAAAAUGCACUCACUGGGCAGCCAGAAGAGCAUCAACUCAGAGGAGCUGGUCACCACGCUGGAGGCUGUCCUGCACAAAUACAGCACCAAAUUCCACCACCCCAUCCUGGGCCGUGUGGAGGAGGGCUUUCAGACGGAGGUAGACGUGGUGACCCAGUUACUGCGCUGCCAGGCCCAGGUGUCAGAGUGGAGUUUCCUGCCUGCUCUGCUCAGCCUGCACGAGGCCAACUCCAAGCUCACCGCCUGGGGUCAGCUUUUCCAGCGGCAGAAAGAGACCAGGAAGCAUCUGUUUGGAGGUCAGUCCCAGAAGGCCGUGCAGCCUCCGCACCUGUACUUGUGGCUGCAGCGCUUCCAGGCGGUGCUCCUCGCCAAGUUCAGCUUCUACUUCCAUGAAACCCUGAGCCGGCAGACGGCCCCGGCCGACAUGAGAGCCCUGACCGCCCGCACCACGCCGGACUACCACGGCAAGAUCUGCUCCUUCAUCCGCAAACACGACGCCAGCAACGUGUCUCUGGUGUUCGACAACCGCGGCUCCGAAAGCUUCCAGGGCCACGGCUACCACCACCCGCACUCGUACCGGGAAGCACCGAAGGGCGUGGAGCAGUUCCCCGCUGUGGUGUCCCUGCCGUCGGGAGAGCGGCCGCUCACACACUGGCCAAACGUCAUCAUGAUGAUGGGAGACCACGCCGCUGAACUCAACACUCUGGACAAGGUGGUGCACUUCUACGACGAUAAGGUCCAGAGCACCUACUACCUGACGCGGCCUGAGCCACACUUCACUCUGGUGGUUAUCUUUGAUGGCAGGAAGUCAGAGAAGGAUCUGCACAUCGCCGCCUUCCUGCAGGAGAUCUCAGGCUCGCUGCGGAACUCCAAACCCUUCAGCACCCUCAAACCUGGGUCAAAGGGCUGAGCUACAAGUCAACAGCACACACAAACUGUGUGCUCUAACAGGCAAAGAUGGAACUGAUGAUGAACCUCAAAUCAUUUCUCACAGAUAACUAAGAUGCUUAAAUGUUGCAUCUUCUUUUGGAAACUGUUUUCUGUGGUCCAACCAGCAGUCCUUUAUGUUGCUUUGAAUCUCAUUUUGCCAAAAAUGUUCCAGACCAAAGAGAUGCACCAAUUCAAGUACUCUGUGAAUUUAUAUUAGUCUCUGAUUCUUAGGCCAUGACAGUACGACAAACAGUACACUGCUAAAGCCUUUGGUUAUUUAAAAUUUAUUAAGAAUUUUAAUUAUUUUGCAUCAAUUACAGUUUUAACAUGUUUACUUUUUAUUAGCUUAUAUUUACUGUGGUUGAUACAAUUUAAAUAAAGCUUUGAAAUGAUUGCACAUCCUGCCUCCUACUUCCUUAACAAUAAAUGAUGAUCGAUUGAUUCAUUGAUUGGUCAAUCUAAAAAUUAAUCAGAAGUUUUGAUUAGAGCAUUGGCUGAUAUUAGCUUAUAUUUGUCGGCCGAUAAGUAACAAGAAACUGCAGUAUACUGUACAAAUAUGUUUGAGGUAGCUUAGCAAUAUAUAUAUUUAUUUUAGGAAUCUUUGAAUUGAACGAAGUGAUUCGUGAUUUCCACCUCUACUGCUGAGGUUUAAAAAAAAUAAAAUAAAAAAAUAAAAAAUG